CUGUCUCUCGCUCUCUUAUAUCAUCCUCAAUUCAUUGGGCAAUUUGCAUCGAUUGAGAUUAGAAACAAUUAGGUUUAGCAGUUAUCCAUGACUGCUGCGUCGGAGAGGAUGGUGACAGUGUUAAGCAUUGAUGGAGGUGGUGUUAGAGGCAUAAUUCCUGGAACGAUACUAGCCUUUCUUGAAUCCAAAUUUCAGGAACUUGAUGGACAGAAUGCACGGAUCGCAAACUACUUCGACCUGGUUGCUGGAACGAGCACAGUUGGGCUGUUAACGGUCAUGCUUACAGCGCCUGAUGAGAACAAUCUGCCCUUAUACCCUGCUAAGGACAUCAAUGACUUUUAUUUAGAACACUGCCCCAAGAUCUUCCCUCAAAGGAGGUAAGCAAAUUAAGAAGAAAUGGAUUUGCAAGUUGGAAGCAGUCCUUUCCCAGCAAUGUAUGUGCUUGUAUUAAACUUUGGUUAGGUUUUAG